AUGGAUCCACCCAAAGAACAUCAUCAGCGAAUGCACCGCCUUGGGCACGUGUUCGCAGAGAUGAAGCAAGAUCCCACUGCUACACCGCAGGUGAUGCCCAAGACCACACAGGACUCCGAGGAGUCUGGCAUCUCGAAAAGCAUCCUUCAGCCUCGAACUGCAGAUGCUUCAGUCAAGAUGCCAGAUGAUGAUGAUGAACAAGCAAAAGAGUCGUUCAUCAAGGUUGACAAGCCUGACCUUGAUUUUGCAACUGGUCUAGAAGACCAGAAGACAGCUACUAGAGUCGACCAGAAACCAUCCUCCGAGGAUAUCGACAUGCCCUUGGCCCCCAAAAUCAAUCCAACUGAGCCACCCACCAAGGUUGAGAAGCCUGACCCUGAUUUGGCAGCUGAUCUUGAAGAUCAGAAGGCAGCUAUUGGUGUCAAAGGAGAUCCAUCUUGCGAGGAUACUGAGAUGCCGCUGGCCCCUACAAUCAAUCCAACGGAGCUAUUGAUCAAAGUUGAGGAACCUGAUCCUGAUUUGGCAGCUAUUCCUGAAGACCAGAAGGCAGCUACUGUUGUCGACCAGAAACCAUCCUGUGAGGACUCUGAUAUGCCAUUGGCCCCUACAAUCGAACCAGCAGAGCUAUCGAUCAAGGAUGAGAAGCCUGAUCCUGAACGGAAUGCCGCUGCUAGUACCAAGCAAGAACCAUCUUACGAGGAUACGGAGAUGCCACUGGCCCCCAAGAUCGACCCAAAUGAGCCGACAGCCAGUUUUGACCACUCUGACUCCAAGUGCAGUCUCACCCAGUUUGAUUCCCAGCGUCUUUUGAAAGAGACACGUACUCCGAGCUCCCCUGAGUCUGCGGACACAAAACCACAAGGCCAGCUCUGCCUCGUAUGCUUCAAGCAAUGGGAAAAGCAACUGGAGUCCGGCGAAAGGCUAGUUGAUUGCCAAACUACGCAUAGGACUUCUUCCCGCUGUGGCCAGUGUUUGCUGAAGCAUUCUAGAUGCGAGAUACUCCCAUCUAAUCUGACAAGAGACCUGUUACAGCUGAAGCAUGAGGUGGACAACGCCUUAAUGGUGGGUGAGGCCACCGAAGAAAAGAAGAGGUUCUACGAUGCAUACCAGCAUGUUUCUGGAGAAGUUCAUCGACCAUCCGCCAGACCUAGUGCAUCGGACUUGCAGAAUGCAGACAGAAGGAAGUCGUACGGGCGAGAAUACUAUCGGAAGAACGCAGAAAAAAUCAACUCGAAAAAUCGAGAAUAUCAGCGGAAGAACGCAGACAAAGUCAGGUCGCGAAGACAAGAAUGGCGGUUGAAGAACGCAGACAAAAUCAGGUCGAGAAAUCUAGAAUAUCGGCGGAAGAACGCCGACAAACUCAAGUCACAACAACGAGAAUACCGGCGGAAGAACGGAGACAAAGUCAAGUUGUAUUAUCAAGAAUACAGGCAGAAGAACGCAGACAAAAUCAGGGUGAGAAAACAAGAAUACUGUCGGAAGAACGUAGACAAAACCAAGGCGGGAAUACAAGAAUGGCGGCGGAAGAACACAGACAAAAUCAAGGCAGGAAAACAAGAAUACUAUCGAAAGAACGCAAACAAAAUCAAGGCGGAAAAACGAGAAUACUAUUGGAAUAACGCAAACAAAAUCAAGGCGGAAAAACGAGAAUACUAUCGGAAGAACGCAGACAAAGCCCUGGCGAAAAUACGAAAAUGGCAGUUGGAGAACGCAGACAAAGUGAAGUCGUACGGUCGAAAAUACUAUCGGAAGAAGGCAGACAAAAUCAAGGCGGGAAAACAAGAAAGGGGGCCUAAAAUGAAAGAAAAUCAGCCAAUACAGAAACCAGGCCCUCGACUCAAGAAGGAGGACCAGUUCAAGCAGGAGGACCGGUUCAAGCAAGAGGACCGGCUCAAGCAAGAGGACCGGCCCAAGCAAGAGGACCGGCUCAAGCAAGAGGACCGGCCCAAGCAAGAGGACCGGCUCAAGCAAGAGGACCGGCUCAAGCAAGAGGACCGGCCCAAGCAAGAGGACCGGCCCAAGCAAGAGGACCGGCCCAAGCAAGAGGCCUCGCUGUCGAAUUCCUAG